CCUUAGACGGCUGUGUGGACUGUCUGUUCUUUCCCGAGCUACGUUGAUUAUCUAUUGCGAACCCGAACGCACGAAUAUUACGCGGUUUCAUGCCGUUUCGGAGCACGUGGACGGCGUAUUUACCAGCCCCGCGGCGGUGCGCCGUCCUCCCCGUGAUGGAGCAGCCUGGCGGCGGCGCAUCCUGGGCAUGAGCGAGCGGCGCAGCGCGGAGCUCCAGUGAACACGUCGAGCGCUCCCGUGCGUCUGCGUGGGCAAGGUCAGAGCCGAGCCUGGGUCAGAUUAUGUCCAUGUGGAGAGAGCAGAAGCGGACUUGUAUGCUUCUUCUCCGGGGACUAGGCUGGCAGGGGAUGUCCCCUGAAAACAAAGAGUUUAUCUCUGCAAAGCUGGCUCGUAGAAGCAGCGAAGAUCCCUCCAUUUACGUGAUCAUGGUUGAGCUGGAUUUGUGACAAAUCUGCAAGCUGCGUGGCUUCUCUCUCCUCACCUGCGGGAGAUAAAGUUUACUCUUUGUGCUCGAUAGUUGGAUGAUUUAUACACCCACUGGUCCAUUUAUGGUGGUUGAGGUGAUCUGGAGGCUGUAGGGUCGGAGGAGCUGCGGGGGAUCGGAUUCCUCCAGAGUGACAGUGAAGGAGCUGCGGCCGCCUCCGUCUCUGUCUGCUACCAUCGCUGUCCAUGGAGCUGAAUCUGAGCUGUCCAUGGUGCUGAAUCUGAGCUGUCCAUGGUGCUGAAUCUGAGCUGUCCAUGGUGCUGAAUCUGAGCUGUCCAUGGUGCUGAAUCUGAGCUGUCCAUGGUGCUGAACCCGCGCUCCAGGAAUGGUGGAGACGUUGAAUAUCGCAGUGAUCGGCGCUCCCGGGGUGGGCAAAACUUCUAUAAUCCGCCAGUUCAUCUAUAACGAUUUCUCCGAGGUGUACACACCGACCAAAACCAGAUAUGUCUACAGACCCUCCGUCAUACUUAACGGGAACAUGUACGAGCUGAAGAUUUUGGACGUCCCGCCAAUCUCCUCUUUUCCAGCAAGCGCCAGUCAGGAGUGGCUGGAUUUGCGCUGCAGAGGUGUCCGCAAUGCCAACGCUUACAUCCUGGUGUACGACAUCUGUUGUGUGGAAAGCUUUGAAUAUGUCAAAAUGAUCAGACAGCAGAUAGUUGAGAACAGGGAAGGCAGCAGCAGCGAGGUGCCAAUCUUGGUGGUUGGUAACAAGAGGGAUUUGCAGCGGCAGCGCUUCAUGCCUCGCAGAGCAGUGUCAGUCCUGGUGAAAAAGACCUGGAAGUGUGGCUACGUGGAGUGCUCUGCCAAGUUUAACUGGCAUGUGGUCCUCCUCUUCAAGGAGUUGCUGGGCAUUGCUGUGUCACGGGGCAUGCGCCAGAACCACACCUCCAUCCGUCUGCAGGGGGCCCUACAAAGGAAUCGCUGCACCAUCAUGUGACCUUGAGUUCCCCCUCCAGCCCUCUUAACUCCAGAGUGGAGCGGCAAUGGAGAAAAAGACUUUUUAUCAUAAUGGCUGGAUAAAAAUACCCUGUGGCCUCCUGCUUAACUGAGCUGACUUUUCAUAAUGAGGUUUAUUAGAAUAUUGCGCUGUAUAAGACACUAAAACUUUACACAUGGUCACCCAACUACUUCAUAGUCAAUUUUCUGCCCACUGUGGAGAAACAAAGAAGGAGGUAGAAACAAAUCCAGGUGAAAACGAAUACAUUAUGUAUAGCACAGUAUUUAUUCAUUCAUUUAUUUUUCCACAUCAGCUUGACAGCUAAACAUUACAGGCUGUGCUUCCCAAUAAAACACAGCAGAGGGUCUGUAGUCAGGCCUGACAAGAUGGAAGCUGUGUUUGUGAGACUUGAACCAGAGAGACAGCAAUAUCACAGAGUCUUCCUUCUGAGUUUGUCAUGAGGUCAACAGCAGAAGCUCAUAACUGAGAAAAUUAGGAUUUAUUUGAGCAUGUGAGGCAGAUGACCCAUACAAUGGAAUUAAAAAAAGGGAAGACAUUUUGAAAUGGUAUAUCUCAAAAUGUACAUAGAUAUGAUUAGAUAGUGUUUGCCGUUAGGUUUGAAGACGUAGACUGUAUUUUGUCUUUCUUCGUCCCUGGUAUUAUUGGACUUGCUUUAUUUGUAGGGCCUGACAGCUUUGUGGGCACCACAAUGGUGGACGCUGUGGGUUUAUGGAUGUUGAAGCCACAUAAGUGUGUGUGUGCAUGUGUUUCUGUAUGUGUGUGUGUAAGAGAGAGAGAGAGUAAGUGAGGGGAAAAGAAAAAGGGAGAGAGAUUUUAUAGCUGACAUUCAGGCAAGCGAAGGGCAGACACAGCACUAGGAGUCAGAUGUUGAAGCUUUGGAUUAGAAAGGAUGAGUAAAAUCACACAGCAAUGUCCUCUCCGACUAUAUGUACUGAACCACUAUAUUAUAUAUAUACAUAUAUAUAUAAAAGCCUUGUGCAAUUGCUGUAACCUACCUGCAGGCAGAUAUCCUCCAAAAAACAAGUACUCACAGCUCAAAGGCUUCUGCAAAAAUGCCCUAUUAGAAAUAUUGAUGAUGAAUAAAGCUUUAAAAACUCUAAUGUAAGUUCUAUCUAAUCAAUUGUGAUGCCAGCUGCUUUUUUUGUUUUUGUUUUUUUCGUCGUCAAUAAGGCCAAGGUAGGUAAUACAAGACUAAGGCUGCACUGAAAGUUAGCAGGCCUAUUGUAUAUAAGAAUGAGUCAUAGAGUAAUCAACUUGCAUGCUUUUGUUGGUGAAAUCAGCAGGUCAGGGUUCACUUGCACUGAUGUGAAAAUGUGAUCUUGCUUUUGAUUUUUGUAAUACAUGGUUUUCUGACAGUGUAAUGAGCAGCUGAGUGAUUGAAUGAUUCUCUCUGAGAUGUAGUGAUAAACCUUCAUUGAGGUGUGUUUUGUUUGUUUGUUUUUGUAAUUCAAAACAGAGAGAGAGAAAUAUGUAGCAGAGACACUAGAAAGCAACAGUGUGUAGCAUGAGUUCUCAUCCGUAUGUUUUUGCGCUCAUCAUUAAAUAAAAAGGGCUACUGUUUUUUAUCAGAAGCAUUUACUGUAUUUUUUUUUAUGGUGUUGGUACUGUUUCUCGGUUUUUCU